GCUUUAGCUAUUGUGGCUGUAAAACGGGCGUUAUUGGUUUGAUUUUCAGAGGAGACGAAAUGUUACUUUAAAUAUUUUGUUAUUAAUUCGUAAGAUAAUAUAAUAUAAAUAUAUAUAUUUGUUAUUCAAUUAAACAUCCUUUUAUUCUUCUCAGACAAUGGAUCAAGCAGUAAUUGUAAUAAUAGUUCUCUCAGCAAUUUUAAGCAUUCUUUUGAUAUUACUAAUAAUUAUAAUAUUGAGAUUAAAGAAGCAAAGACAGUUAUGCUUUCGUAAUAAUAAGAAAAAAAGAAAGAAAAGAACUGUGAAACAUGUAAUUGCUCAAGAUAAUCCUGUUAAAGAGUAUACAGACCCGAAUUUAAAUGAUAACGAACGAGUUACACCUGUCAGAGAUAAUUUAGAUCAUAGAAGAAAUUUAUCCGAAAAGGGGAAGAAUAAAUUACCCACUAGGAUAAAAGCUGAGGCUUUAUUUCAGUAUGUAAAGGAAAACACUAUAGGACUCAUUAGACAAUUUCAGGAUAUACCCUUUCAGUUCUCUGAUUUAUCGUCUAAAGCAUUCGAAAGAGCAGAAAAUAAAGCUAAAAAUAAGUAUUUAAAUAUAAAACCUUAUGACCAGACAAGAGUAAUAUUAAAAACUAAUGAAACAGAGAUAGAAAGAAUGGAUACAAAACCAAAUUAUAACAAUUUAAGCAACUUAAAAACUACUUUACAUAACGACUACAUAAAUGCCAAUUUCAUAACUGGUUACAACAAUAGUUCAAGAGAAUACGUGGCUAGCCAAGGAACAAAAGAAAAUACGGAGGUAGAUUUUUGGAGAAUGGUAUCAACUCUUAAGUCAAAUAGGAUAGUAAUGCUAACAAAAUGUGUUGAAUCUUCUCUUAAAUGUACCCAUUAUUGGCCCAAAGAAUUUAAUAAAGCAGAGUCUUAUGGCCAUAUAAACGUCACGUUGGAAAAGGAAGACGAAUAUGCAGAUUUUACCGUAAGAACUUUCAAACUGCAUGAGGAUGAUAAUGAGACUGAAGUGCGUCAAUAUCAUUAUACUGCUUGGCCAGACAAGGGAGUUCCUGAAUUUCCUACUUCCUUAUUAGAAUUUAGGGAAUUUAUUAGAAAGCAGGAUGAUAUUUAUGGAAAUGCAAGUCCACUUAUCGUACAUUGCAGUGCUGGCGUCGGAAGGACAGGAACUUUCAUAUUAAUUGAUUCCAUGUUGAAGAUGCAAAAAAAAGAAAAUUAUGUUGAUUUGUUCAAGUUCUUAUAUCAGAUGCGCAGAGAGAGAAUGUAUCUUAUUCAAACAGAUGAGCAGUAUAUAUUUGCUUAUAACUCAAUAGUAGAGAAGCUUGAAACAGGAGACACAGCCAUAAAAAUGGAAGAUUUUAAAAGAGUUUACUCACAAUUAGUUAAAAAUUUUGAUUCUCCUGACCAAUCGUCAAUUUUGCACGGUCAUUUUAAUAGUUUGAAAAAAUUAAGGCCCGCCAAAUACAUAGAUAUACACGAAGCAAAAAUGCAUUUAGACGGCUUUCGGGAAGAAAAUAAAGCAAAAAAUCGUCGCCUCUCCCUCCUACCUCAAGAUAGAUAUAGACCUUGUCUUCAGCCUAUGACUGGACGAACAAAUUAUAUCAAUGCCAUUCGCCUGGAUGGCAGUCUUCAUAAAAACACUUUUAUUAUUACACAAGCUCCCAUGAAGGAUACAAUAAUCGAUUUCUAUAGACUAGUUAUCGACUCGGCAUCAUCGGUGGUGGUGAUGCUCAAUGAAAUAAAUAAUGAGGAUUGUCCACAGUAUUGGCCAGAGCAAGAGGGAGAUCAUAUGGAAUUUGGACCAAUUACUGUAAAACUAUUGGAACAAGAAGUUAACUUUAAUUCGACGAUAAUUUUCAGUAAACUAGAAAUAUCACAGACAGAAAAUGAAAGGAUAUUUACAACGACAGUCGAUCACUAUAGAUUUACAAACUGGCCAGGAGAUAAUAGAUCGGAUGAUUCGGUAGUUGAUCUUGCCCGAUUAAUUAAUCUUUCUUUCCUCACCCAUGAUAAUAAAAAGAGGAUUAAACUAUCUCCAAUAAUUGUUCAUUGCUUACACGGAACGAUAAGGAGUGGCGUUUUUGCAACCGCUGCCUUAGCUUUAGAGAAAAUGAAAGUAAAUAGAGAAGUGGAUAUUUUUCAUUCUUCAAAGUUGGUGCUCGGAAGUAGACCUCAGACAAUAGAUUCAGCUGUAAGGAACACCCUUCCUGGUAUGAAAUACUUAGGUUGUUUGAUUGUAUUUUUACUGGCUUUCUGUGAUGUCAAAGGAACAUUAUCCUUCACUUCUCCCUCGGCUAACUCGGAGGUUCACUUGACUGAAAACAAUAAUGGUGACGCCGCAUCACCUGUUACCAUUUCUUUCAACCUGGAAUCGAAUGGAGGCGUAACACCUUAUACUUAUUCAAUAGUAAGUGGGGGUGACAGCAAGUUUGAAAUCGAUACUUCUCCAGAUCCUGAUAUUUUUCGUCAAAAGUCUGGCGCUUUAUUUGAUUAUGAAACAACUUCAUCGUACACAAUUGAGUUGAAAGUUAUUGAUAGCACUGGCGGUACCAGCCUUACUGCUUCUGUAACUUUCACCGUUAUAGUGGAUGAUUGGAACGACGAAACCCCUCAACUCGGUUCAGCUUCUUAUACAGCAUCAGUUGAUGAAUCUCAAGAUCCUGGUGCUGCUGUAACUCUCUCGCCAACUAUAUCGUCAUCAGAUGGCGAUGCAAUUGACAAUGGAAAUCUAAGAUAUAGCUUGACAGGGGCUGACUCUACGUAUUUUCAAAUAAAUGCGGUAAAUGGAAUCUUAAAAACAUCAUCAAUUCUAGAUGCUGAUCCCUCUGGAAAAACUUACACAAAUGUAAAAAUCGUAGUAACUGAUUUGGCGGGAAAGACCUCAACUGCUGCAGUCACAGUUACUGUUAAUGACUUGAAUGAUGUCGUUCCCACAUGCGAUCCUUCAGUGUACUAUGCGUCCAUUAACGAAAACACUGCAGUCAGCACAUCACUAUUGCAAUUCUCUUGCACGGAUACUGACAAUACCGCCUCCUUUAAAGCUUUAACAUUUUCAAUAACUUCUGGGGAUGAUACGGGAUCAGAAAAAUUUCAAAUAGCAAAUACAAACGAAUUACAUACAACAACUACAUCUUGCGACUAUGAGGACUUAACUCAACAAAAAUAUACAUUGGCUGUCACAGUUAAGGAUGCAACAACAAACUUUAAUAGUGUCAAUAUAACAGCAAUAAUAAAUAUAAAUCCUAUUAACGACAACACACCCACGUGGUCAUCUACGCCCACUGGUGGGUCAUUUUAUGAGAAUCAAACAAUCGGCGAGAUACUCACUACAUUGCAGGCUACUGACACAGACAAGGGAGCGAAUGGAGACAAUACCUUAUCAUAUCACAUAAUUUCAGCAACUACACAAACGUCCGCUGAUUCCUCGGCACUAUUCAAAAUAGAUCCAAUCACAGGAAAUAUUCUGACAGUCGCAUCCCUAGAUAAGGAUACUGGCAUAACAGAACACAGACUGGUAGUGAAGGCACAGGAUGACGGAACUUCUCCUGGUAUAAAGAGUGUGACGGCUUCCAUAACAUAUACAAUACUUGACUACAACGAAUUUCAACCAACGUUUGACAAAACAAUCUACACUGUCAGUAUAAAUGAAAAUACCAACGUAGGUACAACAAUCCAAACAUUAACUGCAACUGACCAAGACGACACAAGUGCCUUUACCUUUAGUUUUGGAACCGGUAAUGAAUUGGAUCAUUUUGAAAUAACAACUUCCUCUAACAAUGGCCAUGUGAAAAUAAAAAGUACUAUUGAUCCUGAUGGUGGAAGUCCACCUUCUUUCUAUACAUUGCAGGUUAAAGUGACUGAUGGGUCAUCUACACCAGCAGCACUCACUUCUACAGCCACCAUUCAGAUUUCAAUAUUGGAUAUAAAUGAUAAUAAUCCAUCAUUCUCUCCAGCUCCAGCACCAUACAAUUUGCCAGAAAAUACUCCAGCAGGAACAACAAUAAUAACCCUUGUGGCCACUGAUGAUGACUUUAAUAGUGAACUAACAUUUUCAGAAGGAACUGGUGAUACAAAUGAUAACUUUGCCAUUCAAAGUGAUGGAAAGAUUGUUCUCCUCAAACAAAUUGACUAUGAUACAAUGGGAGUUAGCAAAAUAAUUAACCUCCAAGCAAUUGUUAGUGAUGGCUCAAAUACAGCAACUGCUACUGCUCAGAUUACAGUUACUGAUGUGUCUGAUUUAACACCAAGCUGCAACCCAGCUGCUGUAUCCGCAAACAUCAGUGAGACAGCAUCUGUCAAUGAUGCAGUUGUUCAAUUGUCCUGCUCUGAUGAUGGCAGUUUAACAUAUUCUAUUGCUAGUGGAAAUACAAACACAGCAUUCAAGUUUGUAAGUAAUGAAAUUCAAGUAAAUGAUAUUGGAGCUGGUUCUACAGCCUUAGACUAUGAUGCUGGAGUGAAAGUGUACAAUUUGAUUGUUGAUGUUUCUGAUGGAACUAAUACAAUCAAUGUACCAGUAACAAUAUCAAUAAAUCCAGUUGAUGAAGGAGCACCAACUUUCACUAAUACAGCAGUGAAUGUCAAUGAAAAUGAGGUGGUUGGCUUUAGUGUUGCAACUUUUGCAGCAUCUGAUGUUGAUGCAAGUCCACACAAUGUUCAAAAGUACUCAAUUACCUCAGGAAAUAGCGAAGGAAAGUUUGUUAUAAAUCCAUCUACUGGAGAAGUGUCUUUAAAAGACACUUUAGAUUAUGAGACAACCACCACAUAUGCUUUGACUAUACAAGCAGAUGAUGGCACUGCAACUGGAAGUGGUAUCUUGACAGUCAAUGUUCAAGAUAUAAAUGAUAACACUCCUAGCUGUCCAAAAUCUUUAUACAUUCCUACUGCAGUAAAUGAAAAUGAAGCAAGUGACACUUUGGUUUUGAAUUUAACAGAAUGUAGUGAUCCUGAUACUUCAUCAAAUUUUGGAUCAAUUACUAUGUCUAUAACUGGAGAUAAUGGUCGAUUUGCUGUAUCCAACAUGUUAAUUAAAACUACUUCAACACCACUUGAUUAUGAAAGUGCAACAACUUAUACUUUGAUUAUAACAUUGACCGAUAAUGGAGGUGUCAGUCCAUCAAAUACUGGAACUGUUACAGCUAUAGUCAAUGUUGCCCAAUGA